UGAAGAGUUCUGCAACACUACCCAGACCCUCCCGGACACGACCUUCCAGGACUUUCCAGAGUCUUCUGCUCAACGCCAAUUCCCGACGUCUUCUAUGUUAGUGGCAUCGACUUUACCUCCGCAAGUGGACGCCACAGAGCCAGAGCAACAGCCGCUCGUAGAUAUUCACGAUCAGGACAGCGGAUUGGCUUUUCCCGAAGAACGUAAUCUACUGCCACCUCAAGACUCUGGCCCCCAUAACCUCGAUAAUCACGAGUCAGUUGCCAUAUCUGCUCAGUCAUUUCAACUUCAGCAGCCCGAAGUCUUUGCGAACAGUCAACAGGGUGUACCACAACCAAAGGAUGCUGAGGCUGUUCUACAUCGCAUCUCUCACCAAGACGCAUCUCACCGUGUGGCUAAACCUCGAAGAAGGCUACGACCCAGUGGUUUGCUCCCGAACAGCCCCCAGGCACAGGCCAUGUCUACUAGUGUCGACCAAGCAGUUGAGAGCCUGAGAGUGGCGAUGCUAGCUGACAAAUUUCGAGUCAAGCAUGAAAGCACGACUGCCGCGAAGCAGCACGAGGUAGAACUCGCUAGGCUUCAAGGCACUAUCAACAACCAGACCCAGACUAUCGCAGAGCGUGAUGAGAGCCAUCGAAAGCUGAAAGAAGCUUUCGCCCAACUGACUGACAAGGCCAAAACCAACCAGAAAUUCGUAAGUGGCCUUCAGCAAGAUUACGAGAAGCUGCAAAAGUCUGCCACGAGCUUCCAAAAGCAGAGCAAGCGGACACUAACAGAUAAAAUCACUGAACUUGAGGAUGAAAAGAAGACGCUGUACCGCGAAUUCGAGACCGCAAUUGACAGGCUCACUCUAACUCAACGGAAGAUGAAGUCGACGCUCGACGUUGUAUACGUGCAGUUCAUCAUAUCGGAGUCAAAGAGGAGAGAUCUUCUCGAAAACCUGGGCAAGCGGGAUGCUGAACUCGGAGAAGAGCGGAGAAAACGCGAAGACAUGGAAAAGCAGCUCCUGUCAGGUGUCCAGAGUAUUCCCGGUAAGAUUGUCGAUGCUUCUGAUAAUCUGGCCAAGAAGUUGGAAUCACUCCAGACUUCGUUUGAACAGGCUUCUGCCAAUGACGACCGAGAUGCCCAGAUCAAAGAAUGUCUGGAUGCUUUGCGAACCCUGCAGAUGUCGCCAGCUUUGACAAUCAAAGAAAUCGAGAAGGUGGAGAGCACGUUGCGUCUUGUGCACGAACGUUUGGACUCAGGUCUUGAUACCCUUUCCGAGACCAUGAAGAGCCAACCAACCAAUGAAACGGAACUCCGGAAUUUCAUUGGAGAGCGAGUGGACGGCCUUCAGAAAGCUAUCCUGGGGUACAAUGAGGCUACUACCGAGAACCGCAAAACGCAGGAGCUGAACGUUUCUCUCAAGACGAAACUUGAGGAACAGCAGCAACAUUCCGAUCAGCUUCAAGAGCAAACCGAGGUGCUCCAGCAGUCUGAGGUCAAUCUUCAGGCCCAAUCCGAUCAGCUGGAACAAGAUUUGAAUGAACUGAGGGUUUCACCCCCCGUCCCACACGUCGACGCGGAGAGGCUCGAGCGAGAAGCUCUUGUCCUUCGCCGACAGUCGAAGGAGGUCGGGGAAGACCUGGAAGCUGCUAAUAACAAGGUAGAGAUGGUUGAGCUAGAAAGAGAUGCGUGCAAGAGUCACUACGAGGAUGUCAAGACGCAGCUACUGGAACUGCAGCAGAAUCACAGGGCAGGAAGGCCUUUCCCAUCCCGUAGCCUCACUAACUCUGUUCACAGGUUGAGGACGACAUUGCCAUACGAGAGGAGAUCGCCAAAGACUACGAAAGUAGAUUCGCCGAGAAAGAACGCAGCUUGAAGAGCGAGACUGAUCGACUCACGACUGAGCGCGACGAGAAAGAAAACGCACGCCAAGAAGUGAGCGUCAAUCUGGAAGCCGCGGAUACCCAGAUCGACGAGCUGGAGGAGAAGAUCCGCAAACUUGAAUCGAAGGCGUUGGAAACGACAAACAUUC